GUGCCAGCCACCCGCUGUGUCACAUUUUGGCAAGAUGUGUCUGUUGGUGAGAGACUGUUUUUGAGAAUUACGCAGCGAUCGCAGAGUCUUGUUUUCCCUUUCAAAAGGAGGGUCAUUUUCACACUCCCUCCACACGCACUAAAGGCCAACCCCUCGCUCAGUCAGCGACGCUCAGUCAGCGACGCCGAGCAUUCCACCACCUUUCCGGUCACUCCCUAACCCACGCCAGCCAGCCAGCAGCUCGUUCUGCACAUGAGAAGGCUGAGACAAUGGCAACGCACAACACCACCCAGCGUCUCCUCCGGGAAUUGAAGGACUACACCAACAACCCCAAUGAGGCACUCCUGCAUCUCGGGCCCAUCGAAGAGGAUGAUCUCCUCCACUGGGAAGCCGUCCUGAAGGGUGUAAAGGGCACUCCAUACGAAGGCGGCCUUUGGUCCCUCCACAUUACCAUCCCCCCGUCCUACCCGCUCACCCCGCCCACCAUCCGCUUCACCACCCGCAUCAGCCACCCUAACAUCUCCUUCACCACCGGCGAGAUCUGCCUCACCCUCCUGACGACCGAGCACUGGAGCCCCGUCUACACCCUCUCCUCAACCCUCACCGCCAUCCACCAGCUGCUGACGGAUCCGCGCCCGGAAUCGCCGCUCAACGUUGACGUCGCCGCCCUGCUCCGCGACGGCGAUAUCCCCGCGUGGGAGAGUGUGGUGCGGUUCUGGACGGAGGAGGAGCGGUGGGUGCCGAAGUAGACAGUAUACCGUGGACUGAGGGGGUUUUUGGGGUAUAUACUCGUUGGAUAGGAGAGGGGCUUGGUUGAAUGAUCGCACCAAGCAAGAAGAGAGAUUCUGCGCGCUCAUGACUGAUCGAAUCGUGUCCGUUCUGGGUGGGUGGACAUGAAGAGAUAGGAGUGCGCGGACUAUCACUAUGUCCAUGCCUAUAUGCAUUUAUACUCUCGUCAUCGGGUAGGUCUGUACAUAGGAAGCUAGGUAGCGAGCUGGCUAGCCUACCCAUCCCAUGCAAGGUGACAGCACGCAAGGGGAGCAAGCCAUGUUAUUACGUUCAAAAUACCCAUUUUCACAAUGCACUACAAUCGACCAUUUUUGGUACCUCC